GAACAAAAUAACAAAAAUUAAACCAUAAUUCACAGGUGCAACAACAACCACAUGCCAGUAACCAACCAAAAUAAGGAAAAAACCAAAAAAAAAGAAACCAAAAUUAAUCGAAAAAUCGAAAAAAAAAUCUUUUAGAAAAUUUUGUACCGUCUCAAUCAAAACAGUUCGCGCUCCCACACUCUAUAAAUCAAGCCGGCUGUGUCGACGCGAAGAGCCUACUGAACAACUGAACGACGACGAGCGCGACUGAAUGAGCUUUCGCUCUGAUCGCAGAGUAUGCCCUGUAUGUGUGUUAAUCUUUUGAGGCAUGUGUGACGGCGAUUCCGCCGGUGGUUGGCCGCCGCCUCCGCCGCCGCCGCCGCCGUCGUCGUGCCGCGCGUUUGUAUUUCGCUUCGUCGACGGAUCGUCGCAGGUAUUAUACUGUCAGGGCUCUCUCGCAUUAACUAGGAAGCUGGACGCGGUGCAGUUUCCCGUUCGCAAUGCCAGCAGUGACUUUGACACGUACAGGAACCCAGUGCCCGGUAAUUUCGAAACGCUAAAUAUAUUGACUAAAUCUAAAUCGACGUUAAAUAGUGAUGAACCGGCUCACAGGGAGAAGGAAACCGCCGGCGGGAAUAUCGGUUGUCGGUAG